AUGCUGGCACGCCUGGGCCUCGUCCUGCUCCUGCUGGCCCUGGGUGGCCGCGCCGAUGACACGGUGGCCGCUACCGUAGGCCGGCACAGCAUGGGUCGCAUCGCCGAGCUGCUGGCCGGCUCCGAGUGCCACCAGCUGCAGGCAGAGCUGAACAGCCUCGAGGAGGAGCUGGACAGCCCGGAGCUGGAGGAGCCGGGGGCUCUCUCCGAGGAGGGGAAGACCGCCCGCCGCCGCCGGGGCAGCCGCAGUGCCCGGGGAUGCUCAGAAGCACUGCGGCAAUGGCUGGUGACGGCAGGAGAAGUGACCACCUGGGACCGCCUGGUCCGUGCCCUGCAGCACAUCGGCCGCUCUGACAUCGCCCGUGAGCUGGGCAAAAACCUGAACCAAGACCGGAGCCUGGAGCUGCGCAGGAACGUGGAGGGAUACAGGCGCAGUGUGCAGCAUCUCAGCUCCGUGCAGCUGCAGCCCGCAGGGCCGCGGGGCAGGAGGGCACCCCUGGCCGGGGAUCUGCUCUUCGAGCGCCGCCGGCCUCCCCGCUACAGCCGCGGCCUCCUGGGCUGGGUCCGGCCCCUGGUCCUUGGCGUCCUGGGAGCCUUCCUCAGCUCCGUGCUCCUCAUGGGGACCGUGAUGUAUUUCUGCCACUGGAGGAGGCUCCUGGGCACCUGA